UCACAGUUGAGAGUGUUCAGGCUCGUUAUGGAAAACUCUGGAAGUUUCUACGACGUUUAAAAAGAAAAUACCCGGGUCCCAGUGGUCUGAGUCGGGACAGAGGACGAACUGAUUUACUGUGCUACUAUUGGAUUUCACUCACAGCCGUUUCUGGACAGCUUCAACACUUAACAAGCCGCUGGAUAGUCAAAAUGGGUAAAGAUUACUACGACAUUUUGGGAAUUAAGAAAGGAGCGUCGGAGGACGACAUAAAGAAAGCUUAUCGUAAACAGGCUCUGCGCUAUCACCCUGACAAAAACAAGUCACCGGGAGCCGAGGAGAAAUUCAAAGAGAUUGCUGAAGCUUACGACGUGUUGAGCGACCCAAAGAAGAAGGACAUCUACGACCGCUAUGGUGAAGAAGGUUUAAAAGGUGGUGGCCCCUCAGGUGGUGGUGGUGGUGGUGGUCCCGGCACCUUCAGCUACACCUUCCAGGGCGACCCUCAUGCCAUCUUUGCGGAAUUCUUUGGUGGACGCAACCCCUUCGAACAGUUCUUUGGUGCCCGCAAUGGAGGCAUGGAUGAGGACAUGGACACUGACGACCCUUUUGCCCGCUUUGGGAUGGGGGGCGGUGGAAUGGGUGGGUUCCCCCGCUCCUUCAGCUCUGGCAUGGGAGGCAUGGGUGGCCACAGUAGUGUUGUAAAGAAGCAGCAGGACCCCCCCGUGGUUCACGAUCUCCGGGUGACCCUGGAGGAAGUUCUGUCAGGUUGCACAAAGAGAAUGAAGAUUUCUCGUAAAAGACUGAACCCUGAUGGGCGGUCAGUAAAGACUGAGGAUAAAGUCCUGGAGGUGCAGAUAAAGAAGGGGUGGAAAGAGGGCACCAAAAUCACAUUUCCUAAAGAGGGGGACGAGAGUCCCACAAACAUUCCAGCUGACGUGGUCUUUGUGUUGAAGGACAAACCACAUCCUGUGUUUAAACGUGAUGGCUCUGACAUCAUUUACCCAGCCAAGAUCUCACUCAGAGAUGCCCUGUGUGGAUGUACAAUCAACGCACCCACGCUGGAUGGCAGAACGGUGACCGUGUCAACAACAGACAUCGUGCAACCAGGGAUGAAGCGGCGGGUUAGUGGCGAAGGGCUACCUUACCCCAAACGGCCCGAUCGUCGAGGUGACCUGAUAAUCGAGUAUGAGGUCAAGUUCCCAGAAAGGCUCAGUCAGAGCGCCCGGGACACCAUCGCUCAGGUCCUCCCAAGAUCUUGAACUAGGAAAAAGGACCUGCAGGACUUUAUCAUACGAAGCUGCCAACUUUUUUUUUUUUCUUUUUUGUCAAUCAUCACAUGAAUGUUCAUGUGGAGGUUAAAUCACACUAGGCAAUAAAGUACAGACUCAUGGGGCAGAUCCUCCUGUGUCUACACUGUCAGCCAAAGUGUAAAUACUGCCAUGGGAAAAUGCUCACCAUGACUGAGUGCUGUAUUUCACAGGCUAAAAUGUAAAUAUGACCAAUAUUGUUUGGUGUUUGGUUUACUGCAUAGAUUAUAUUUUGAUGAUAAUAAUUAUGUCAUAAUAUAUAACAAAUAUGUGCACUAUUCUGUGGGAACUCUUGUUGGUAAUAAAGCUUCUCUGACAAAGAGAAUUGACAAAGAAAAUGUUUACAUUUUUAAUAUGAGAAAGUGCAAACUGAUGGAGAAACCUUGUUAAAGAACAUGAAGAAAGAUAUUGUUUGUUUGAACAACAACAGUGAGGGAUGACAUCUUUGUUGGGAAACUGAUGUUCCAACAAAAGGCACUUGGAGUUGUUACUGUACAGAGUUUUUAAGCUUUGAUAUUGAAAGAACAAUAAAGGAAUGAAAACUGGUGCUGAAAACAUUAAAA